AUGUGUAACUACAGGCCUUUCCCCGUGUGUGGUCUGAUUCCUAACAGGCGGGAGCCUCCCCCAGAACUGGAGGGACCAGAUGGUCCCCUGCUGUGGGCUCCCCGCUCCUCCCUGGAUGGUGCCCGGGAGCAUGCCUCCCAUCAUCAAGCUACAUCCAAAUGCAGCCUGUCUGUAGGCUACCGUGCCCGGAAGGACCCGCCCAGUCAGUACGGGGUGAUGCUGGAACACACGAGGAAGUUCCCGUUCAGCGGAGGUUUCCACGCAGAGAUGGUCAGCCUUGGGCGACAGGGGGCUUGCGACGAGGCCUCUCGGCUCUGCAUGUCCCACGAUGUUCGCGGGAAGCAGCCUCCUCCCCCAGGUCGCUGGCCUCGUGCGGAACCAGCCCCCACUGGACGCCGGACCGACCGGGCCGCGUGUGCGGGAUCCGGGACGGGGCGCCCGUGCCGCGCCGCCGCUCCCGCGGCGGGGCACAGAGCUCGGGACCCGCGGAGCGUCCAGCCUGCAGGUGAGGCGCCCCCCGCAGAGUUGCGCGCUUGGCGGGGGUCUACACCGAGAGCAGGAGGGCAGGAGCGGGAAGAGCGGACCUCGAGGGUCCAGAGAUCGGGCGCUGGGGGCGGAGUCGACAUCGGAGAGUACCCGACCCAGGCAACACCGGAGGGUCCCGGCGCAGGGGUUGGAGUCAGUAGGGUGCGGGGCUGCACCACAGGAGACCGUGCGGGAGCGGGUGCAAGGAGGCGCGGGGUCUACACCGCAGUGUCAGGGCCAGGAGCGGGCGCGCGGGCGCUGUCGCCUGUCCCGCAGGGACGAAGCUCCAGCUCGCGCAGUUUCCACUUCGGUUGCGUCGCGGGGGUGGGGCGAGGGCGCGCCGGGACAGUCCGCGCCAGCGCCCCCAAACUGCCCGGCAGAGCACCGGCGCCCGGCAGGGCUGCGGACGGCUGGCUCCCACCCGUCCUGGCGGUGGGUGGCUCGCCGCUCCUCAAUGGUAGUCCGAGCGGCUGCGGCCACAGCCCAGGUCCCGCCUGCGCCUCGCGCGUCCCGUCGGUCCGCAAGGGGCCCGCCACAUUCGGUGAUAGCCGGAGGGGAGAGCAGAGGCCCCUUCCACUCUGGGCCUGGGCUAGUCCUGACGGGGCCAGUCCUCGGAGCGGCGCGCCAGGCCUCUCCGCAGCCCCCUCGGCCGCCCUGGGCGUGGGGAGGAGCCUGAGCACGCCUGAGCGCGCGAACCUGGCCCGGGGUGCGUCCUCACUGGCGCUGAGCCCCAGGUGGACUGCCUGGUCUGGGGGCACGACCCCGGGGGCUGACAUCGCUCACUUUCAGGCCCCGAGCCCCGAGCCCCGAGCCCCGCCCCCCGCCUCGGGGAUGUCUGUGCGCGCCUUCUCAGGCAGCACCGAGGUGGCUGGGAACCUUCUCACCUCUUCCAAGCUCUCUGCCUGGGAAGCUGAGUCUGGGCUCCAGGAAUGGAUCGUACCACGUCGCUCAGAUUCCCAGAGCUUGGUACCUGGCUCUCCCCUGGGGCCUGCCUUCUGGCUGCGGAGGCGUGGGCCGGUGAAGUGCCUGCGCACGACUUGCAUUGGAACUGAUGGCCUGCUGUGGAUAAUAGACUUUGACAUUUGCCGGGAAACCCUGCCGCCUGACAGCCGCCAGUCCUCCGGCAAGUCCGCGCAUGGGGCCAUGGCCCUGCUGUCCGGGCCCGCGGAGCAGCCCCGGGACGGCGGCCUGGGCGGCGGCCGGCACAUCAUCAUCAACGUGGGCGGCUGCCGGCUGCGCCUGCCCUGGGCCGCGCUGGCCCGCUGUCCCCUGGCGCGCCUGGAGCGCCUGCGCACCUGCCGCGGCCCGGACGAGCUGCUGCGGGUCUGCGACGACUACGACGCGGGCCGCGACGAGUUCUUCUUCGACCGCAACCCCAGCGCGUUCCGCACCAUCGCCGCGCUCCUGCGCGCCGGCAAGCUGCGGCUGCUGCGCGGCCCGUGCGCGCUGGCCUUCCGCGACGAGCUGGCCUACUGGGGCAUCGACGAGGCGCGGCUGGAGCGCUGCUGCCUGCGGCGGCUGCGGCGCCGGGAGGAGGAGGCCGCCGAGGCUGAGCGCGAAGCCGACGCCGGCCGCGCGGCCGCGGGCUCCCCGGACAGCGCGCUGGGGCCCGGCGGGCGGCUGGCGCGCGGCCGGCGGCUCCUGCACGACGUGCUGGAGAAUCCGCACUCGGGGCUGGCGGGCAAGCUCUUCGCCUGCGUCUCCGUCUCCUUCGUGGCCAUCACGGCCGUGGGCCUCUGCCUGAGCACCAUGCCCGACAUCCGCGCGGAGGAGGAGCGGGGCGAGUGCUCCCGCAAGUGCCGCAACCUCUUCGUGCUGGAGACGGUGUGCGUGGCCUGGUUCUCCUUGGAGUUCCUGCUGCGCUCGGCGCAGGCCGAGAGCAAGUGCGCCUUCCUGCGGACGCCGCUCAACAUCGUCGACAUCCUGGCCAUCCUGCCCUUCUACGUGUCGCUGCUGGUGGACCUGGCGGCGGGCGGCGCGCCGGGGCCGGGUCCCGCGGGCGCCGCCGGCGGCAGCAAGCUGCUGGAGCGCGCGGGGCUGGCGCUGCGGCUGCUGCGCGCGCUGCGCGUGCUCUACGUGAUGCGCCUGGCGCGCCACUCGCUGGGGCUGCGCACGCUCGGGCUGACGGCGCGGCGCUGCGCGCGCGAGCUGGGCCUGCUGCUGCUCUUCCUGUGCGUGGCCAUGGCGCUCUUUGCGCCGCUCGUGCACCUGGCCGAGCGCGAGCUGGGCGCGCGCCGCGACUUCUCCAGCGUGCCGGCCAGCUACUGGUGGGCCGUCAUCUCCAUGACUACCGUGGGCUACGGCGACAUGGUACCGCGCAGCCUGCCCGGGCAGGUGGUGGCGCUGAGCAGCAUCCUCAGCGGCAUCCUGCUCAUGGCCUUCCCGGUCACCUCCAUCUUCCACACCUUCUCGCGCUCCUACUCGGAGCUCAAGGCGCAGCAGCAGCGCGCCGCCAGCCUCGAGCCAGCGCUGCGCGAGGACAGCACGCGCUCGCCCCCGGAGGACGGCUCGCAGAGCCCGGACGGCGUCCUGGAGCCUGGGGGCACACACGGCGAGGACGCCGGGGCCGGCCAGUGGGUGUGA